GGUUGAAGCGCUACCAUCGCUGUGGCUUGACCUUCGUAACCAUGUGGGCUCUUCGUCGAGCUUCGAUCCCUCUCAGGAACAGAGGGUUUAAUGUAAGAGCUUCUUGUGUCAAAUUAACGCGAACCAGUUGUGUGGAAGAAGAGACUGCUAUCUACGAGUCUCCCAGAAUAAAGAAUGGUGAAUUUUUUACCCCAAAGACAUAUUUCCAUUCAGGAAAUGCUUCACUGAAAUUUACAGUUAGUAGACGGGAACUUUCUUCGAGUAGCACCAAAGAGGAGGAUGAUUUGGAGGAUGGGUUUUCGGAGCUGGAGAUGCCUGCCGCUGAUGGAAGUGGAAAAGAAAAUGAUGAUUUAUUAACUAAUGAAACUGACCUAUCUGAUGGCAGCGACAGUGACGAUGUUGAGGAGCCGCACAAUGAGAUUGAUGAAUCUGCCAAGAAAAACCGACGACGCAGAUGGGCUGAAUCGGAACUAUUCAAGGAGAUCGUGAAUGCUCCGGAUUUUUCUGUUCACUCAGCUCUGGAAAAGUGGGUAAAAGAAGGGAAGGAACUAAACAGACAGGAAAUCUCACUGGCCAUGUUUAAUCUUAGAAGGCGUAGAUUGUUUGUGAAAGCUCUUCAGCUCUCAGAGUGGCUCCAGUCAAAAAAGCAGUUUGAAUUUAUUGAAAGAGACUAUGCAUCUCGACUUGAUCUAAUUGCCAAAGUGCAUGGCCUACAGAAGGCAGAGGCUUACAUUGAGACUAUUCCAGAAUCUUGUAGAACAGAGAUAAUGUACCGAACUUUAUUGGCUAACUCUGUUUUUCAGAAGAAUACAAAGAAAGCAGAGGAAAUUUUCAGUAAAAUGAAGGAUUUGGGUUUUCCUGUUACAGUAUUUCCUUGCAAUCAGCUGCUACUUCUGUAUAAGAGGGUUGACAUGAACAAAAUAGCUGAUUUGUUAUUGUUCAUGGAAAAUGAGAAUAUCAAACCUUCUGCACUUACUUUUGAAAUCUUAAUAGACACGAAAGGCCAGUCAAAAGAUAUUGCUGGAAUGGAGCAAAUUGUUGAAAGAAUGAAAGCUCAAGGCAUUGAACCAAGCGUCAAAACACAGAUCGUUGUGUUUAGGCAUUACAUCUCAGCUGGGCAUCAAGAUAAAGCUGAAACUUUAUUGAAGGAGAUGGAGGGUAAAAACUUGAUACAGAAUAGGUGGCUAUGCCGAAUUUUGCCUCCCUUCUAUGCAAACCUAGGAAAGGAGGAUGAAGUGAGAAGAAUUUGGGAAGUCUGUGAGGCAAACCCACGGGUUGAUGAGUGUGUUGCUGUAAUUGAAGCUUGGGGAAAGUUGAAUAAAAUCAAUGAAGCAGAGAAAGUUUUUGAGAUAAUGUUAAAGAAAUCAAAGCUUUCUUCAAGGAACUGCUCUGUGCUACUGUAUGUUUAUGCAAAUAAUAAGAUGCUAGUGAAGGGUAAGGAUCUUAUUAAGCGAAUGGCAGAGAGUGGGCAGCGAAUUGGCCCAUUGACGUUGGAUGCCAUAGUGAAACUUUAUGUCCAAUCUGGGGAAGUGGAGAAGGCAGAUUCUAUUCUUCACAAGGCAGCCCAGCUGAACCCGGUAAGGCCAUUAUAUUCUACCUUCCUAACUAUGUUGGAACAGUAUGCUAAGAGGGGUGACAUACACAAUUCGGAAAAGAUUUUCGUUAGAAUGAAACAAGCUAAAUAUCAACCUGGAUCGAAGAUAUACCAAAUCCUAAUGCAGGCUUAUAUUAAUGCAAAGCUUCCAGCCUAUGGGAUUAGGGACAGGAUUAAAGCUGAUAACAUAAAUCCCAACAAAGCUUUGGCUAGCCAGUUGGUUCAAGUUGAUGGAUUUAGGAAGAAUCCAGUUUCCGAUUUGCUUGAUUGAGGAAGCUAACAGAUCCUUUUGUAUGGGUUGUUUCUUCUCAUACGCAUGCAACUAUUAUUUAGUCAAAGAGUAGGUCAAGCAUCUUUAAACUUUUUCAGCAUGUUUUGAUAGCUCGUCUUUAACAAGAUGAAUCCUUGUUAUUGCGUAAUUUGUUCUUUCUCUUUACAUUAAAUCUCUCGUCGUUUGGUUGAAAUGCCAACUCAUGAAAAGAUGCUUGAUGAUAGCUGUUGUGGUCUGUUACAGAAGGGUUCCGGAACUUGAAAUUGAUAUUAGUGAUCUAGAAAUUGUGUUGAAGAAGCAGAAUUGCCCCAGCAUAACUAUUAUCGCUUUUUUAAUGUGAAAAUAUCGUCCGCAUUAAUGUAUUCAACCAGAUAUUUUUAAUAAAAAUUUAUGUAUAAAAUCAUAUAGUAUUCCUUU